AUGGCUGAACAGGCCGUGGCCACCUACGUGCCGCAGGAGGUUCCCAUGCCUCCGGUCCCUACGACCUCUUACUUCUCAGAGGCGCAGUGGGAGAUACUAUUCUCACUAGCGGAUGCGAUCAUCCCGUCGAUUCGCACCACUUCCACGUCUAAUUCUUCUAACGAUAAAAGCAUCUCGCAAGCUGAGUGGGAUAAUGCCAUAUCAAAGCUAAAUGACACUAUCCCGGGACCUGAUACGGCGAAGAUUGCAUCCGAAUACUUGAAAGAGAAUGUUUCUUCGAACCUCGCUUUCCGUAGCUGCGUCGAGCGCAUAUUCGGUGACUUUGUCCACGAGGAAGGGCGGAGUGGUUUUGGGCUGAUUCUCAAUGCGCUUAAUACCCGUGCUGGGUCAUUUCUUCUCACUGGAUCGAUCACACUAAUCCACCAGCAACCGAUCGCUGUCCGCGAAAAGAUCUUUCGCGGAUGGGAUACAUCGCGAUUGGCUCCCCUACGACUUAUCUACCGAGUACUUAAUGCGAUCGUCAAAAAAUCGUGGGUGAUUACUAGCCCGACGAUUAGCCUAGUGCUAGGGAUUCCGCGAGUACCAGUCUAUGGCAAGCCUACCGACGGGUUUCCCUACGAGUUUCUGCAGUUCCCACCAGGAGACCAGCCAGAAACGAUUGAGGUUGAUGUCGUGGUGGUAGGCAGCGGCUGUGGUGGCGCCGUGGCCGCGAAGAACUUGGCCGAGGCAGGAAAUAAGGUGCUCUUAGUUGAGAAGUCCUACUCAUACACUACUAAAUCAUUUCCUAUGAUGCCGAACGAAGGAUUUGUGAACCUAUUUGAGAAUGGGGGAGCCUUUAUCAGCGACGAUGGAUCUCUAGCCAUCCUAGCGGGCUCAACCUGGGGAGGUGGCGGCACGGUAAACUGGUCUGCAUCCUUACAGACACAGGGAUAUGUCCGACAGGAGUGGGCGAAUACCGGCUUGUCCUUCUUCACUUCGCUUGAGUUCCAACGAAGCCUUGAUCGUGUCUGCGAUCGAAUGGGUGUAAACACCGAACGUAUCUGCCACAACCGUCAGAACAACAUAAUAUUAGAAGGCGCGCGCAAACUUGGCUAUGCUGCUAAACCAGUUCCACAGAACACGGGUAAUAGGGAACACUACUGUGGUUACUGCACGUUUGGAUGUCACUCGACUGGAAAAAAUGGUCCUACUGUAACGUGGCUGACUGAUGCCGCGCAGGCCGGGGCAACUUUUGUCGAAGGUUUCUACGCCAACAGGGUGUCAUUCACCGAGGUUGAUGGCAAGCGAAUUGCGUCCGGGGUUGAAGGAACCUGGACCUCACGAGAUUCGUAUUUGGGACUGAGUGGCGAGGGAGCCACUCGACGCAAGUUAAUUUUAAAAGCUAAGAAGGUCAUCGUGUCGUGCGGUACAUUGCAGAGCCCACUAUUACUGUUGCGGAGUGGCUUGAGAAACUCACAAAUUGGCCGAAAUCUUUAUCUCCAUCCUCUUAUGAUAGCUGUUGCUAUUUUCGACGAAGAGACUCGUCCGUGGGAGGGUUCUGCGUUGACAACUAUGGUGAACGAGUUUGAGGACCUUGAUGGUCGUGGACAUGGUGUGAAGAUCCAAUCGUUGUCGAUGAUGCCAUCCGUCGGGCUUCCCGUGUUCCCUUGGCGGAACGGAUUAGACUACAAGCUAUUCGCGGCUAGCUUCAACCACAGCACUAGCUUCAUCACCCUGACCAAAGAUCGUGAUAGUGGGCGUGUUUAUCUGGACCCGGCAGAUGGACGUGUCCGUGUCGACUACACCGUCUCUCCCAUUGACCGUAAGCACACCGUGGAGGGAUUGAUCGCCUCAGCCAAAAUAGCAUACAUCUCGGGCGCCAAGGAAUUCCACACGCCCUACCGUGACAUGCCGCCGUUCAUCCGCCCCAACAGUUCAAACCCGGAAGCUCCUGAGGGAAUUAACGAUGCUGCCCUAGUGAAGUGGAUUUCUGAGCUCCGACAGAAAUCGCCCUUGAACCCAGAGCGGGCCUUCUUCGCCAGCGCUCACCAGAUGGGUACGUGUCGUAUGGGCAAGUCGCCCAAAUCGAGUGUGGUGGGACCGGAUUGCCAGGUCUGGGGCGCCGAGGGCCUCUACGUGGUGGAUGCAUCUGUCUUCCCGAGUGCCAGUGGCGUGAACCCGAUGGUUACCAAUAUGGCAAUUGCAGACUGGGCCAGUUUGAACAUACCACGGGAUUAA